GCUGCCUUUCAGUGCCACCCAUCAGUGCCAGUCAGUGCCACCUAUCUGUGCUGCCAGUUAGUGCCGCCUAUCAGUGCCAGUCAGUGCCACCUAUCAGUGUGCAUCAGUGCCGCCUAUCAGUGUGCAUCAGUGCCGCCUAUCAUUGCCCGUCAGUGCUGCCUAUCAGUGCUCCUAACAGUGCCUAUCAGUGCCGCCUAUCAGUGCCAUCAGUGCAUCCUCAUCAGUGCCCAUCAGUGCCACCUAUCACUGUCCAUCAGUGCAGCAUAUCAGUGCCCAUCACUGCAAGCCUCAUUAGCGCACAUCAGUGAAGGAGAAAAAUCACUUAUUUACAAAAUUGUAUAACA